CGAAAACUUCAACAUUGCGAACAACGUCAACGGCAACGGCACUCCAGCCUCACUCACCACCCCCAGUUUGGAUGACACCCUAUCUGACCUGCAUUUCCAGCUGGCCUAGCGUCAACACCGAGAGAAGCUUGCCUAGCUUGGGAACCACCGGCAGUGUGACUAGGGUUCCCUCCCUGUCUCACCCAGGCGAUUGCAGCCUCUGCAGAAGCUGACUGGACGUUCCUGGGCUUAGAGCCGAACCCUCAACCACCAAGCUGGGCCACCAACCGACGGGAGCCACGGUCGUCAAGGACGCUGGCACUGCUAGAAAAUCAAUCCAUUGGCUCUCGAUUGAUGCGCGCGGGGCAAGGCUCUGUGACGCAGUGAGCUGAGCAUGCCUUUGUACCUAUCUUAACUGCUGACAUCUGCUCUCCAUUUCCCCUUCCCUUCUCUUGUUUUCUGGACUUUAGUUCUACUCCUUCGUUUUCCCGAUACCAAGCCAUCGAUACCAGCACGACAUCCCGAAAUAGCUUCACGUCCCCUGUGCGUAACCGGUAUCAACCGUGGUGGACCCAGCACCCUGAGCAAUAACGAACCUCCUAAUCCUGGUGCCUGGAGAUCUUCGGCGCGUCCACUAAAGUCCCCAACCACCCAGGGCGCUGGGCCGGGCGGCCAAGCCGCAUCCUCAAAAGAGGACCCAGACCCAAACCCAUCGAACCGGGCGGACCCCUGGGGCUUUCCCAUCGCCGAGGGAGAGGCAUCAAGCGAACGAAGGACAAAAACAAAAAAUCAAUUGGACAAUCUGAAGAGCGGCGGCACAUUUCCAACAAUGUCGUGCAUACCGUUUCGUCGCACGGCAAAGAAGAAGAAGGAGAAACCGUCGUUUAUGCGGAGGAUGACAACCAUGAAAAUUGCUUCUCCCAGUCAGCCGACCUCCGCUUUGUUCAUGGCUUCUCUGCUAUCGUCAGCACAAGUCUUCAACGCUAUCCACAAACCCAUGUACAUCCACGAUGCCUUCAAGAAACACGCCGUGAAGGUUUGGAAAGAAGCUCGCGGAAGCGACAAACUACUCACGCACGAAAAGCUCCUCCGCUUUUUCGAGAUAACACAAGGCGUCACAACCACGGCUCUUCCAGUCAAGGACGUUUAUACCUUUGAGGAAUUCUUCUGGGCUUGGAGCAGCAACAAGGCAGCGUGGAAUGCUGUACGGCCCUUGGAUCCUACCGAAAUCGACCUCACCUAUCCGAUUAGCAAUUAUUUUAUUAGUAGCAGUCACAACACUUACUUGGAAGGAAACCAACUAUCAUCCAAGAGUUCCGCAGAGGCAUACAAAGCCGUGUUACGGAACGGAUGCAGAUGCAUCGAAAUCGACGUAUGGAAUGGUGCCCCGUCACGAACCCCAUCCAAGUCUCCGAAUGGGGAACAUCGCCGACACAUAUCAAAUGUUUCCGCCAUGUCACGAACGAGUGUCCGACAUGGCUCAAGCCUGAGCGUCGAUCAGCCAGGUCUUUACACAAUGCGAACUCCCCGAGACAGCGGUACGAGUCUGGAUCCAAAGGAACUGAGCGACCGUAUGGAUCGAUCCACAUCAUCAUCAUCCGGGUCCGUCAAGAGGGGUGAACCCAUCGUGCACCAUCAUGGAACUAUGACAACCACAGUACCUUUCAGGGAGGUUUGCAAGGCUGUCAGAGAAGAGGCGUUCGUAACGAAUCAUCUACCCAUCAUUGUCAGUUUGGAGGUUGGUGCGGACCGUGAGCAACAAGAGAUGAUGGUGGAGAUCAUGAAGGAGGAAUGGGCCGGUUUGCUUCUCGAAGAGCCUUUCGAGAACUGCGAUCGCCUAACACAGCAACCUCGACUGGAACAACUGCUCGACAAGAUUCUGAUCAAGGUGAAGCGGCUGGAUGAUUGCAAUGGCGAGAUACAGGAAGCUCAGCGUGGGCGGUCUCUACAUGUCAGCUCCCUGCGCUCCAAACCACCAAUUUGCGAAAUGCUUGCUGCCCUAGCUAUUUACACGCGCAGUGAGCAUUUUAACGAUGUCAACUCUUUAGCCUCAACAACUCCCAGCCAUAUCUUCAGCGUGAACGAGGACAAGUUCAUAGAUAUGAUAUCACAGGAUGAGGCCCUGUCGAAGAUCAUGGACCACAACAGGCAGUACUUUAUGCGAAUAUAUCCCAAAGGUCUUCGCUUCGACAGCAGCAACCCCGACCCUACUAUUCCGUGGCGACGAGGUGUGCAGAUGGUGGCCAUGAACUGGCAGAAUACCGACGAAGGCACGAUGCUCAACGAUGCCAUGUUUGCGGACACAAAUGGCUGGAUUCUCAAGCCCACUGGUUUUCUGAAAAAUCAAGACGAGAUACCGACAAAGACUGUCGACCUACGAAUCACUGUUCUCGCAGGACAGUCGAUCCCCGUACCUGAGGGUCGGCAGGCUAAGAAGCUGCGCACCCGAGUGAAGGUGGAGUUGCACGUCGAGAAUCCAGACAAGGCGCGUGACUUGACGCGAAUCACUCAACCACAGUCAACCGAGAAUCCAGACUGGGAACGAAAUCCACAUCCGCUCGAGUUCCUGGGCGUGAGUGGGGUUGUGGAAGAGCUCAGCUUUGUUAGAUUCAAAGUUGAAGAGCCCUCCUCAAGUGGCUUCGGCAACGAGCUUCUCGCUUGGGCUUGCAUCCGUCUCGACCGCUUGCAGCGAGGAUAUAGAUGUCUCGACCUUUAUCACCCCCUUACCCGUCGGCCACUCCGCCGUCACGGCGGACAUUCCGCAUCGCAGCUUUUCAUCAGGGUUGAGAAAAACGUUCGACAGGGCUUCCCGACAAACCGGACACAUGCCGAGACUGCCGUCGGGUCGAAGUGACAUAUGGCCACAUGACAGCGGCACCCGGUCGUCAUCCUUUUUUUCUUUUUUCUUUUUUCCCUCUUUUUUCGUUUUCCUGAUAUCCAUGUUUUAAUAUGGCGUUUUUCCUGACUCCGGUAUUGGCGUGGAGAACAUUUCAGCAUGGCGUUCAAGGUAGCAGGUUCCUUUUCGACUGCAUGGUAGAAGGACAAAGAAGAAGAAGGAGAAAUGCGCAAAGCAAAGUAAAGACUAUUUCAGGUGGAAUCGUAUGGGUGUUACCUUGAUUUUAGUGGCUUAUGAGUUGGAUAUUGCAUGUCAGUUGGACACAGAGCGAUGUUGCUUGAUGAAGUCCUUGGAUGGGAAAUGUGUUUGGAAAGGAUCAGAUACCCUUUGUUUGCUCGCAGUUGGACCUCGAAUUUGAGCAACUGGCGAUGAAGUUAGUAAGAAAUGAACAACUUUUACUUAUCUGUUUUUGUUUUCUCGCCUCAUUCCCCGU